AUGAACUGCGUCAAGGGCGAGAUCCACAAUGUGCUGUCCAUGAUGCGCGUGAACGCGCGCUGGGCGAGCGUGGACCGCUUCACGCAGGAGAUCCCGGCGUCCACGCAGUCGCCCAUGAUGCGCGCCUUCAAGCAGCUGCACUACGAGCUGCAGUCGGUCACGGACCUGGCGGACGUGGACACGGUCACGUACCUGCUGCCCUUCGUGAUGGUCAUCGAGUCGGAGCGCACGAGCGGCUUCAUCACGGGCGCGGCCAUCUCGGCCAUCAACAAGUUCCUGCUCUACGGGCUCAUCACGUGCGAGUCGCUGCGCGCGGACGUCGCCAUCAACCGCAUCGCCGUGUGCGUGUCGCGCUGCCGCUUCGAGGAGACCCAUCGGGCCGACGACGAGGCCGUGCUCAUGAAGCUGCUGGAGCUGGUGGAGUACAGCGUGCGCUGCGACGCCGGCCACCUGAUCUCGGGCGAGAACCUCUGGAAGAUGCUGCAGCUGUGCUACAGCAUCAGGUGCCAGCCGCGGUCCUCCAUGCACUUGUGCAGGUCGGCGGACAACACGCUGUCGCACCUGGUGCUCACGGUGUUCGACCGGAUCGACGAGCUGGAGCCGCAGAGGAAGAACAACGACAACGACAAUGGCAACGAUAACGACAAUGAUGACGCACCCUUGUCGCCGCACAAUGAAGCUAAGAAUAAACCCUACGGGAUUCCGCUGCUGGAGCGGAUCCUGCACUUCAUCUCGGGUCUGAUCUCCCCCACGGAGAACGAGGAGGCGACGUGCGUCCUGGGGCUGAGACUGAUUAACGUCGUCUUGGAGACGGCAGGGACGGGGCUGGGCAAUCACCCGUGCCUGGUGUCGGUGCUGCAGGGAGAUCUGUCCAAGUUCUUGCUGCAGAACUCGGAGACGGAGGAGCUCGGGAUUCUGUCGCUGACGCUGCGGGUGGUGUUCAACCUGUUUAACUCAAUCAAGGACCAUCUCAAGGUGCAACUGGAGGUGUUCUUCACCAGCGUCCACAUGCGCAUCAUCGACUCGCCGUCGUGUUCGGAUGAACAGAAGGAGCUGGCGUUGGAGUCGCUGCUCGAGUUCUGCCGUGAGCCGGCGCUUAUGCUCGACCUGUACAUCAACUACGACUGCGACGUGCACUGCACGAACUUGUUCGAGGUGCUGUGCAAGUCGCUGGCCAAGAACUGCCAGUCCAUGUCCGGAGCCGACGGCAGCUUGAACGCUCUCACGCUGCUGUGUCUCGAGGGUCUUCUGGCUGUUAUCGAGUCCAUCGCUCGACGUUGCCCACUGAACACUCCCGCGAAGACGUCAGGGUCCAGAACGUUCGGAAGCAACUCGGGCGUGUUGAGCCUCAAGGGCUCUGACCUUGCGCGGUUUACGGCUGGAGCUUCCCCUGUCACUGAGAGCUCGUCCGGCGAGUUCCCGAUGGAGGACAUUUCCCCCAUGUCUUCAGUGCGGGAUCUUAUGCACCUCGUGAUGUCAGGAAGUGAGAGCGACUCGGACUCGGAGCAAAGUGAGCCCGACAACGCGGCGGACCAGCUGGCUUGGCUGCACACAGCGCGAGAGCGAACCGCUGAAGUGUUGCAGCAGCGCAAGCAUGCCAAAAAGCGCUACGCAUUGGCCGCUGAAAAGUUCAACAACGACCAGAAGAACUGGAUGGCGUUCUCGCAGCAGAUUGGUCUUCUACCGGAGAAGCUGACCCCAGAAUCCGUUGCGUCUUUCCUGCUGCACACCCCCGGGCUGAACAAGACGCUGAUCGGCGACUAUAUUGGCGAUGGACCUAUUGAGAAGUACCCAUUUAACGCCGCGGUGCGAGACGCAUACGUUGCCAUGUUCGACUUCCGCUCGGCGCCGUCGCUGGAUGAGGCGCUGCGAAUGUUUCUGGCCAAGUUCCGUCUGCCAGGUGAAGCGCAGAAGAUUGACCGCAUGAUGGAAGCGUUCUCGAAACAGUUCUACCUACAAGCAGGUUCGUCUGGGCCACUGGCGGAUGCUGACGCGGCCUAUGUGCUGGCGUUCAGUAUCAUUAUGCUCAACACGGACUUGCACUCGGACCACAUUGCGAAGAAAAUGACCGUGGAGGAGUUCGUUCGCAACAACCGCGGCAUUAACGCGGGCCAAGAUCUGCCGUCGGAGUACCUGACCAACCUGUACUACAACAUCUUGGAGAAGGAGAUCCAGAUGCAGCACGAUGUGUCAGACUUCAUGGAGUCCCCAUCCUCGACCGUCGACCGGUAUUCCAUGCAGUGGGACGGCGUGCUCAAGCGCUCGGAGAACCUUCGCGCCGGUCUGUACGAGAAGGACAUGUUCAACCUGAUUUCCGAGAGCACCAUUAAGAGCAUCCUGCUGGCCUUUGAGAAGACGUGCGACUUGAACAACAUGGAGCGUUCGCUCGAAGGACUGAGCAACUGUGCCAAGAUCAUGCUCUACUACGACAUGGCUGAUGAGUUCAACAAGAUCAUGGGAGCCCUGUCGUCGUACUUCCUCACGUUCGCUCACGGAAUUUUGAGCGGUGAGAAGGUGUACCAUGGAUCAGCGGAGACUAUCGGAGAACGAAUUGUUCGCCGUCAAGACGAUGGCUCGGAAAUUGAAGUCCUGGCAGCCCCGCAACAACCGGGUGGAUCAAUCGAUGAGGAUCUGGUGCAAGGUGCCAAGACACGUCGUGCUCUGCUGUCACUAAAAUUGCUGUUCCAGUUUGUUCAGAACAAGAGCGAGUACUUCCGCAAGGGCUGGGCCAACGUGGUGGAGUGCAUGCUAAUGUUCAACGAGCUGGAUGCGGUUCCUACCUCGUUGGUAGAGAUCGACGAUUUCGUGGACUCUCGCGGUGUGCCGUUGCCGCCCAUGCAGGGAGGUGCUACGACUCACACACCGUCACCGCCUAAGUUGUCCCCAGGUCGUGGUCAGGGCGGAGCGGGUCUUUCGGGUAAGACUCGUGAGCGUUCUCGUCGACAGGCAGAGCGCCAAGCUGCCAUUCGCAGUCGCAUGAAGAGCAUGACACAAGCCAACAAUGGUGCAUCGUACGGAAGCCAUGGUCAGAGCGCGAAUAGCGGAUCCCUGUGGAACUCUCUAUCAUACUAUCUCUGGGCUGAGGAGGAGAAGGUUGACGAAAGCUUCUCGCUCGUCAAUCAGAUGCUCCGCGACGAGGUGCUGAAGCUCGGCGGUGGAAUUCUCGAGAAGGAAAACUGGCUGCGCUUGACGCGUAAACUACAGGAGAAUUCGCUGACGAGUCUGCUGGAGACAUUGAUUUCAUGCCGUGACCCCUUCAAGUGCAUCAUGCAGCCGUCGGACUCGGGCGUGGACGCAAUGAUGCAGGAGAAUGCCAUUCUGGUGCUGGAGAUGAGUGUGGACAUUAUCUUGGUCAACGCGCAGCGGAUCUUGGCGCUGAACCUGUGGGACUCGUUCCACUUGUACGCGAAGCGCAUCCUCUCAACACCGUUGAAUGAACUGCACAUGCAGGGACUCGUUGAGCGCGUGGUUGUGCAUAUCUUGCGCGUGAGCAUCCGCCUGUUCCACGACGAGAAGGUCCGACCGAAGCUGGUGGCGACCAUCGAGCUGCUAUUGACGAUGGACAGGGAGAUGUACAAGGCGCUGAGUGACCGGUUGGCGUCAGGAAUGACGAUGCUGCUCAAGGCGAAUCUCGUGUACAUGCACGACUUUGACGACUGGGCGGUGCUCCUGGGUAUUCUGGAGAACGUGGUCGAAUACAUCAACAGCCGGUCGGCCUGCUGGGAAAGCGUCAUGGUGCUCGCUGAAGGAGGACACUUGAACGACGACAACUUCGCGCCGUGGAUGUCUCUGUGCUGCGCGUUUGUGCGCCACCGGACGUCUUACGCUGUGGACGCGUUGAAGCUGCUGCAAGGACUGGCCAACAGUGACAACACGUACAAGAUGAACGGCAGCUCGUGGCUGCAAGUGAUGCGCGUGAUGCUCAAGUACCUGGAUGACGACCGACCGCCGGUGGCGAAGACCGCUUGGGACUGUCUCCGCAACUCGCUGCUGUUGCCUGGAGUGCCGAUCGCCAAGGACACGUGGAAGCAGUGCUUCGACGAGAUCAUCUUUGCGUUCGAUGACCAGGUCAAUGAUGGCGCUGUGAGGAAAGCGCGCGAAGCUCCGCUUUACAGCGUCACGCUGCUGUCCAAGACGUUUCUUCACAACCUCAACGUGCUGAUGGAGCUGCAGGACUUCCCCGACCUGUGGCUGAAGGUUCUGCGUCGACUGGCCAACAAGCUCGUGCCCUCCAGCUCCUCCACGAUGCGGUCGCAGCAGUCGAGCGUCGUGUUCGAGACGACGCUGCAGUCGCUGUACAACCUGCUGCUGGUGUUGAAGGCCGAAGACAUCCUCGAGCGCGCGAGCACCGAGAACAGUAGCCAGACGCUGUUCGACGAGACGUGCGCAGUGAUCGACGCCGUGUGUCCGCAGCUGAAGGAGCAGCUCGGGCUGUUGCCACAAGAAGUCGCGAUCGAGGCCGGGCCAAUCCAGUCGCCCGUACCGGUACCAAGUGGACCUCCGUCGUCCACGACGACGCUCGAGACCGUCAUCAUCGGCGACGGCACGUUCGGCAUCAAGGUGGACGAGGUCAUCGUGGACGAGAUCACCGAGGCUGUGUAA